CUUUUCGUUCGUCUUCCGAUCAAAAUCAAGUUCUUGUUCAAUUUCGAUUCGUGAGUGUUGGAUUUGGAGAGAGAGCAUGCCGGAUCGCAUCCUGGUGUGCUUCCGGGGCGGCGGCGCGGCGGCGGCGGGGCCGUCGGUUCCGAGUUUGACGACGUCGGUGUACGAGACUUGCCUCGGGGUCGCCUGCCUCACCUGGUCCCGAGAUGCCCUCGGCGUCUCCCUCUGCGCCGUUCUCCGCUUCUACGCCGAUGCGGAUGAGGAAAAAGAGGAGGAGGAGGAGGAGGAGGAGGAGGAGGAGGAGGUGCUUUCGUUCUGCAUACGGCCGUGGUUGCUGUGGAAGCGGCUGGGGGCGCGGCGGUUCCACCUCAAGGACCGCCGCCGCGUCGACUUCAAUUGGGACCUCACCCGUGCUCGCUUCCCGCCCGGAGGCGGCCCCGAGCCGGUCUCCGGGUACUCCGUCUCAGCCUCUCUCGACGGUGCGGUGCUCCUCGUCGCCGGGGAUCUUGCCGACGCGGCCCCCAGGAAGUCCAAAGCCCAUACGCCACAAAUCUCUCUGAUUCAGCCCCCGAUCUCGAGGCGGGAGCACGUCGUGUUAGGGGACCACGGUGGGGGGAGAUGCUACCGCACUCGGGCCAGGUUCGGCGGUCAGGAUCACCAGAUAGCGAUCGAUCUGGAAGCGAAGGAGAAGGGCCGGGAGGCUGCUAUGUCGGUGGAGAUCGACGGGGAGCGGAUCCUGCUGGUGCGCCGCCUCCGGUGGAAGUUCCGCGGGAGCGAGAAGGUCGAGCUCGGCGACAGCAAGAUCCAGGUCUCGUGGGACCUCCAUAAGUGGUUCUUUCAGGCCAUGGACGAAGGGGCAUCCGCCGGCGCCGCUUCCGGUAUGGAAGAGAUAGGACAGGCCGUGUUUCUUCUCCGAUUCGAGGAGGAUGAGAAGCAAACGGGGAGCACAGUGUACAAAGGUUCACCGGCCGCGGGGCACAACACCGAUUGGGGCAGAGGCAGCGGCGACGGCUGCGGUUGGGAAAGACAGAGGAGGAGGAGGAGGAGGAGACUGAGGAAGGCCGACUCCUCUUCCUCGUCGGCGUCGACGGGGAGCGCAUCGACGGUGAUUGAGUGGGCGAGCGCGGAGGAGGAGGAAAUGCGGCGGGCGGAAGGCUUCUCGCUGUUGGUCUACGCUUGGAAACACUAAUGACAUCAUCAUAGCCUUUUUAUUUGAUUCCUGAAAAAAGUAAAAAAUAAACAAAAUCUUUUUCCCCAUUUUCUUGUAUUUAGAAAAAAAAAAUGAUUUUGAUUUCUAUUGAAGAUCUUGAUUAACUUCGCAAAGUGAAUUG